UCUGACACGCUCUAAGAAUAGGACCCUUUUUGUACUAAAUAAUGCGAUUAAGCAACUUCGAUCGAAUUAUUUGACGCGUGUGCCAAUUGUUUUUUUGGUCCCUCUAACCAUUUCAAUAGGCAAAACAAAGGUCAAUCCUUUACUUGGCUCGACCUUAGACCAUCAAAAGUAACAUCUUAGUCAGAUUCUUUUGACUUUUGAGAAUUUUUCAUCUCUUAAUUGCUAGGAGCACGAGUUACUUACCAUCUAGGGUUAGUGUAAAGAAAAUAAACCUAAAGAAUAUUAGGUUAGAUUUUUUACUACCCUAAUGCCGGUAAAUACUGAGAGGUUACGAGUCUGCACAUCCAUUCUACGUCUUCAGAAUGUAUAUUGGUAAAUGAAUAUUCGUUUUUUUCUCUUCUUUUAAAUUAAUUUAUGGUAAAUAUAUGUUGGCAAGCUAAAUAGCAAUUAAAUAAAAUUUAUUAGCGUUUUGAAGGAGUCAACUUUGUUCAUCAUUAGGUUGUUAAUCGGGCCGGCAAAUCUUUGAUCAUGUUAUUAUAUAAACCUCUGUCUGUCUUCUCAAUUUGUUGCAUGCCUGCAUUACACAUCUGCCCUUGGUUUUAUAAGCUUAAUCAUGUUUCCUUUGUGAAAGGUCAAGCAUUGAAGGGCUAACGGGUGAUCUUGGUGAAGGUUUUUCCUGUUCCAGAUUUUACAUAACUGAGUUUUAGUAACUUCCUGCUCAAGCAAAAAGGAAGUUCGAUAUGGCGGGCGUAGACUCUCUCAAGGCUAUUAACACGGAGAGCAUUGAUCUGGAGAGUGUUCCCGUUGAAGAAGUUUUUCAGCAUCUCAAGUGCACGAAAGAAGGGUUGACCUCUACUGAAGUGCAAGAGCGUCUUACCUUGUUUGGUUACAACAAACUUGAGGAGAAAAAGGAGAGUAAGAUACUCAAGUUCUUGGGGUUCAUGUGGAAUCCACUUUCAUGGGUUAUGGAAGCUGCAGCCAUCAUGGCCAUUGCUCUUGCACAUGGAGGAGGCAAGCCACCGGAUUAUCACGACUUCGUGGGUAUUGUGGUCUUACUUUUGAUCAAUUCAACAAUCAGUUUUGUAGAAGAAAACAAUGCCGGAAACGCAGCUGCUGCUCUCAUGGCUCAGCUAGCCCCUAAAGCCAAGGCCAUCCGUGAUGGGAAAUGGAAUGAGAUAGAUGCAGCUGAGUUGGUUCCAGGAGAUAUAGUUGCUAUCAAACUCGGAGAUAUCAUUCCUGCUGAUGCUCGUCUACUUGAAGGAGACCCUUUAAAGAUUGAUCAGUCAGCUCUUACCGGUGAAUCUCUUCCAGUAACCAAAACCCCCGGUUCUUCAGUGUACUCUGGUUCAACUUGCAAGCAAGGUGAAAUCGAAGCGGUUGUUAUAGCUACUGGUGUCCACACUUUCUUUGGAAAGGCAGCUCAUCUUGUGGACAGUACUACCCAUGUUGGUCACUUCCAGAAGGUUUUGUCAGCAAUAGGAAACUUCUGUAUCUGCUCCAUUGCGGUAGGAAUGGCUAUUGAAAUCGUUGUUAUAUACGGUCUACAACAGAGAGGGUACCGUGUUGGUAUCGAUAAUCUUCUUGUCUUGUUGAUUGGUGGAAUCCCCAUUGCUAUGCCUACUGUUCUCUCUGUUACCAUGGCUAUUGGUGCCCAUCGCCUUGCUCAACAGGGUGCCAUAACAAAGAGAAUGACAGCCAUUGAAGAAAUGGCUGGAAUGGAUGUUCUGUGCAGUGAUAAAACUGGUACUCUCACGCUCAACAAGCUCUCCGUAGAUAAGAAUCUCAUCGAGAUUUUCAAGAAAGGCAUUGACAAAGAUAUGGCUGUGCUUAUGGCGGCAAGAGCUGCACGUUUGGAAAACCAAGAUGCUAUUGAUACUGCUAUUGUUUCCAUGUUGUCAGACCCUAAAGAGGCACGUGCAGGAAUCAAAGAACUCCAUUUUCUUCCAUUCAGUCCAGCUAAUAGAAGAACUGCACUAACCUACCUUGAUGGAGAAGGCAAGAUGCACAGAGUGAGCAAAGGAGCACCUGAGGAGAUUUUGGAUAUGGCACACAACAAAUUACAAAUCAAGGAGAAAGUACAUUCUACAAUCGACAAAUUCGCAGAACGUGGCCUAAGGUCCCUUGGAUUGGCAUAUCAGGAAGUACCAGAUGGUGAUGUUAAAGGUGAAGGUGGUCCAUGGGAAUUUGUAGCUCUUCUUCCUCUGUUUGAUCCUCCUCGUCACGACAGUGCACAAACCAUUGAGAGAGCACUUCAUCUGGGAGUCAGCGUUAAAAUGAUCACAGGUGAUCAGCUUGCUAUCGCCAAAGAAACAGGAAGAAGGCUUGGAAUGGGAACAAACAUGUACCCAUCUUCAUCUCUGCUCUCAGCUAACCACACUGAAACAGUUUCCAUCGAUGAACUUAUUGAGAAGGCGGAUGGUUUUGCAGGAGUCUUUCCUGAGCAUAAGUAUGAGAUUGUGAUGAGAUUACAAUCUAGAAAACAUAUAUGUGGUAUGACUGGUGAUGGCGUGAAUGAUGCACCUGCAUUGAAGAAAGCUGAUAUUGGAAUAGCUGUGGAUGAUGCUACUGAUGCUGCUCGCAGUGCUUCUGAUAUUGUCUUAACAGAACCUGGUCUUAGUGUUAUCAUCAGUGCUGUCUUGACUAGCCGUGCCAUUUUCCAGAGAAUGAAAAAUUACACGAUAUAUGCUGUUUCUAUCACUAUUCGUAUUGUGAUGGGUUUCAUGCUUCUAUGUGUGUUCUGGGAGUUUGACUUCCCUCCAUUCAUGGUUCUUGUUAUUGCAAUCCUUAAUGAUGGUACUAUAAUGACCAUAUCAAAGGACAGAGUCAAACCUUCUCCAACUCCAGAUUGUUGGAAACUCAAGGAGAUUUUUGCAACUGGUGUUGUUCUUGGAGCUUACUUGGCUAUCAUGACCGUUGUGUUUUUCUGGGCAUCUUAUGAAACUAACUUCUUCCAUAACAUUUUUGGUGUGAGGAACUUCAACCAGCACCAUUUUGACAUGAAAAACAAGGAAGUGGCUGCACAUUUGAAUGAACAGAUGGCUUCUGCUGUGUACCUUCAAGUCAGCACAAUCAGCCAAGCGUUGAUCUUCGUGACACGUUCAAGAAGCUGGUCGUUUGUUGAACGUCCUGGGUUCCUUCUUGUCAUUGCUUUCCUCAUUGCUCAGCUGGUUGCAUCGGCGAUAUCAGCAAUGGCAACAUGGCCUUUUGCUGGAAUCAGAAGCAUUGGAUGGGGAUGGACUGGAGUUAUCUGGAUAUUCAACAUAGUAACGUACAUGUUACUUGAUCCUAUCAAGUUCUUAGUCCGUUAUGCUCUGAGUGGCAAAUCAUGGAACCGAAUGGUCGAGCAAAGGACUGCACUCACUGGCAAGAAGAACUUUGGUAAAGACGAACGUAUGGCUGCAUGGGCCACCGAGACGCGUACACAGCACGGUUUAGAGACAGGUCAAAAGCCAAUGUAUGAGAGAAAUGGUGCAACGGAACUUAACAGUUUGGCUGAUGAAGCUAAGAGACGUGCAGAAAUUGCAAGAAUGAGAGAGCUUCAAACAUUGAAAGGGAAAGUUGAAUCAGCUGCAAAGCUGAAAGGAAUUGAUCUUGAAGAUGCUAACAACAACAACUACACAAUCUGAGAGUCUCUGCUUAAAUUCAUUUUUUGAAAUGUUUUUUGUUAUAUGCAUUACUACUAUUCUUCUUGAAAUUGACAUUCAUUCUGAUAUCUUGGUGGAAGAUAUCUAAUGUUGUUGUUAUCCUUCAUUUGAUUCUUGUAACGUUGUUACUCUUAUUUGAUAUAAAAAAUCAUACUUGACUUGAUUUUUUUUUUUAAUUUAUAUAUUAGAUCGGCCCGAAAACGGAAAUUCAGAUUCGGUUACAAAACUCAAUUUGAACAAAAGCUCCUAAAUCAAUCUAUUACUUGACUUGAUUUUGUUAGGCUCCUAACAUAGAAUACACAUUAAAUGUGCUCUUUAUACGAUCUAGCAUCACAAGAAAGGACGAGUUAACACGCAGUGGUCAGAGUCUUGAGCCAUUUCCAUUGACGUGGAUCACACAUCCUUUUAA